UGCGGAUAUGACAAGCUUCCGAAUGUAUUCGGUAGUUACCCUACUGCUACUUCUUAUUGUCCAAAUCCAGGCCUCUACUUUCAGGCUUAGCGAUGAGCACCUUACAAAUGAAUUCGCAAGCCUGAGAUCGGAUUUCUUACUAAAGAGGCGGCAAGUUACACCUCUAGCACCCGGAGCAACCCCGCAAAACCCAGUACCUCUGCAACUGAUAGCACCCCCCGACGACAGGAAACCUCCGAAUGCACUGGAUCAGGAAGAGCUUGAUAACAGUUUGAUCGAAAUAAUGACUAAACUGGAUGCAAACUUGGAGGGAAUCACCAAUUUUGGAAGCGAUAUAUCUGACAUUCAAGACGGGGCUGCUAGAGUGAUUCGCUUGAUUCCACAAGUCAACGCUAUCAGGCAAUCUGUUUCGGCCGCCGCCCCUAGCCAGAACUUAGAUCAACUCAACAGCGCCAGUCAAUUUGCUGUUGAGGCAGGCGAAAGAUUAGCACAAUCAAUGAGAGAAAUUUUAAAGAACCCUGCCGACGCGAAUAUUAUUAGGAAAGAAUAUCGACAUAUCCGCGAAUGCUUCAGGAUAAUGACCAGCGCUUUUGCUGAGAUCGCCUCCAUAGCCAUUCCGCAGGUCAUCACUGGAACGAAUACAGUGCAAGAAGCAGUGGCGGGGGGUAAUCCCGUGGACGUUAUUCGACAAACGACAAGUACUCUUUCCGAAAAGGGACAUUUCUCGACUAAGGCCUUACGAGAAUCUAUCGCUGAAAAGAAGAACAACAAAAUCACGACGAAAGCCGAAAGACCAAAGUCUGGAGAGGCACAGUCAAAAAACAAAUCCGACUUAAAGGAAGCCGCUAACAAGAAACAAAUCGACCUCAAACAAAAACCAGAACGACCAAUUGCAGAGGAGGGAAGUGGAAAAAUUAAGAGCGUGACAAAAGACUCAUUCACUCAGAGGAAAAAUAUGGCCUUGAAGGAAAAAGCGGCACAGCCAACGUUUGAGGAGGAGCUGAAAAAUCCUAAGGCCUUGGGAGAAGCGCCCAAAAAUUCCCCAGCAGAGUCGCAGGUCAAGCAGCAUAUCGAACCUCCCACCCUGAAAGGUCGGUUGAAACAGUCCGACGCGAUGAAACCAGUGUCGAAAUCUUGAUCAUCAAGGGAGCUAACGACAUCACUAACCUGCACAUGAUCAAAUGAUUCCACUGGAUCCUUUUGGCUUUGGCUCUGUACUCCACCGUUCUCCUUAUUAAACCCUCG